CCACAGGUGGUGGUGAACACGCAUUAUAGGAGGACACACCUUCACUGUCUCAAUCAAUUGUGAACAGGAAACACACAGUUGGAGAGAGGGAGAAGGUGGAGCUGUUUUUUUUUUGCCAUUCAACAACCUUUGGAUGUGCUGCAAACUACUUUCACUACAAACUAGAGAGAUCGUGGGCUCGUAGAAAAUGUUCGGAUUUGUGAACAAAUGUAUCCAUGGCUGUUUGGCGAGGCGAAAAAUCCACAGGACAAGACUAGUGACCAAAGAUGGGCACUGCAACAUUGAAUAUGGAAACAUCAAGUACAGCAACCACUUAUCCUUACUGGCUGACUUCUGGACCACCUUUGUGGAGAUCAGAUGGCGUUAUGUACUCCUCAUCUUCAUCGCCUCGUUCACCCUCAGCUGGUUCAUUUUUGGCCUUCUGUGGUACUGGAUUGCCCGCAGCAAUGGAGACCUUCUCUGGCAAAACCCCAAAUCUGACCACACUCCAUGUAUUGAUAAUGUUCUAGGACUGACCACAGCGUUCCUCUACUCCCUAGAAACCCAGACAACCAUUGGGUAUGGAGGUCGAGCGCUCACCCCUCACUGCCCAGGUGCUGUGGCCCUUCUUAUCAUCCAGUCCCUCCUCGGAGCCAUUAUUAACUGCUUCAUGUGUGGAGUGAUCCUGUCCAAAAUCUCUUUACCCAAAAAGCGAGCAAAGACCAUCUCCUUCAGUGACAUGGCCGUCAUCAGCCCCAAAAAUGGUUCUCUCUGCCUCUCAAUCAGAGUGGCCAACCUGCGCAAGACCCUAAUGAUCGGAAGCCAGAUCUACGGCAAGCUGCUGAGGACAACAAACACACCUGAUGGGGAGACAAUCAUCAUAGACCAAAUGAACAUCGACUUCAUAGUGGACGCCGGCAAGGACAACCUCUUCUUCGUGUGUCCUCUCACGCUCUACCACGUGAUCGACAAGGGCAGCCCCUUCUUCGAGAUUGCGGUGGACACGCUCCACAAACAAGAGUUUGAACUAGUUGUCUUCCUAGACGGCACAGCAGAGUCCACAAGCUCUGCCUGUCAAGUCCGGACCUCGUUUAUUCCUCAGGAGAUCAUGUGGGGCUACAACUUCCUACCCAUCAUCUCCAGAAGCAAGGAGGGCAAGUACAGAGUAGAUUUCUCCAACUUUUCCAAGAUGGUUCCAGUGGCCACUGCACACUGUGCCUACUGUUACCACAACAUCAAGGGUCACCAUCACCACUCCAGAGAUGGACAUGACAACCAGGGCUUUGAUGUGAUUGAUAUCAGUGACCCCCCCAGUAUCACUAAGAUGUGAGACGCAUUGCAAUGAACAGUAGAAACUGAGACCAGAGGCUGUUAACCUCCCUUUAACCUGCUUGUUUCUUUUCGAUUGUGUUAAACACAGAUUAGGAAGCCCUCUGUGGGUCAGAUUCAGAACACUUAUUGUGAACUAUUUGUAUUUAAAAACCACACCUUUCACUGUCUGCUGCCAAAAAACCUGUUCUCAAAAGUGAGGUCAGGUCAUGCAAAGAUAUGGAGCUACAAUUCAACAACAGGAACAGAGAGUUUUCCCAAAUACUUUGCUCAGGGAUUAUACAUAUGUGCAUUUAAUUUAAAUGAAGAGGAGUGGUUCUUAUUUACCUCUGGCUGCAGAUCAGGUUUAUUGUGUAUAAAAAGGCUGAAUGACUAUGCAAAUGUAUUGCCCCGUGUAUAAACCCUACAGUUACUUGAAGGACCAACGUUGACGUUGCUUUUGUCGUGGGUGAGAGAAAUAUAUUGUGGUUUGUUCAAUAAUGCAUGUAGUAAACAAAGAUUUCGAUAUCAGGAAACACUUAAAAUAUGCUUGUAUGCUGCACUGACUUUAUUACGACAAUCAAUUUUCUUUGUUCUUGUUAAGUUUCUUUUUUGAUCUCAGGGGAACAAAAUUAAAAGCUAUUUUUGAAUUAAAAA